AUGGCUCUAGGCAUCCUCGAAGACCACGCACUCCCCCAUGUCCCUGGCACCGUCCACCUCGAAGAAGUCGACUCCUCCGCCCACCCCAGCUCCACCGGCAACCUCAAGCACGGCACCGGCAGCUCCAGCGGCAUCGUGCUUGCGCCGCAACCGUCCUCAGAUCCCAACGACCCGUUGAACUGGAGCUAUGGCAAGAAACUCACCAUCGUCGCCAUCCUCAUGUUCGGCGCUUUCAUCAUGCCGUCGACGUUCGGCCCGCUGUUGAGCGCCGGCACCGCUGUGGUUGCCGUGGAGUUGGACGUGAGUAUUACCGAAGUCACGGUCUUGUCUGGGUAUCAGUUGUUGGUCGCUGGGGCUUGGGGACCGUUUGUGAGUGCGUUCGGUCGGAAGUACGGGAAGAGGCCGCAAUUCCUCUUCGGCUCGCUCACCGGCCUAAUCGGAACAAUCAUCUGCUCUGCCAGUGGCACCUCGUACUCUACGCUGCGCGCUGGGCGGGUGGUGCAAGGCUUCGCGUUUUCGGCCUACGAAUCUCUGGUCUUCUCGACGGUCGCGGAUCUGUUCUUCGUGCAUGAGCGAGGAGCGUACAUCUCGUUCUUUGGCUUUGCUUUGGCUUCGGUGUCGAAUCUGGCCUCUGUCGUGUGCGGUCCGAUCACUAAUAGCUUGGGCUGGAAGUACCUUUUCCAUAUUCUGGACGCCUGCCUUGGAUUCCAGCUACUGCUAGUGUUCUUCUUCGUGCCCGAAACGGCGUAUGAACGGUCGGAAAGUCUCGAGAUUGAUCGAAACGCGGUCGACUCGUACGAGGAGAAAGCGAGCAGUGUCAACGUUGAGAAGAUCGAAGGGCGCAGAAAUACCGACUCGUCCACAUUACGAGCAAAGAAAACCUACUGGCAAAGUCUCGCCAUCUGGACGGGCGUACACAGUGACGAAAAUCUACUCGCCUUACUCGCAGCGCCGUUGCUGGUCAAUCUGAACCUCGCAGCUCUCUGGAUGGUCGUAGUUACGGGAAUGCUGAGCUCCUUCUACGUCUCACAAUCCUUUGUGGCAGCUCAGAUUUUCGCCUUCCCGCCCUACUCGCUCUCCGCAGCAGGCGUUGGCUUCUUGUUCGUUGGUCCAUUCCUCGGAGGACUCCUCGGGAGCAUCGUUCUGGCCUUGACCAUGGACCGACUCAUCCUCUGGUGCACGAAGCGGAACAAUGGUAUCUACGAGCCCGAAUUCCGCCUUCUGCCGGUCGGUUUCGGCCUUAUCGGCGGCGUCGGCGUGGUCGCUUACGCAUACGUGCUUCAAGAGAGAGGAAACCUGUACGUCGCCUCCUUCCUCUGGGGUCUCGGCUUAUUCGGCAUCAUCUUUAUCUUGACGCCGGCCAACUCAUACGUUGUGGACGCUUAUCGAGAUCUGAGCUCCGAGAUGUUCAUAGCCAACAUGAUGUUCAAGAACUUUCUGUUCUUCGGGUACAGCUACUUUGUCAAUAACUGGACGGCGACCAAAGGGCCAGGCGAGGUCUUCUAUGUCUGGGGAGGUCUGACCUUCGCUCUGGCGUUGACGACGAUACCGUUGUACAUCUACGGCAAACGAUACCGCAGCUAUUGGCAUCGGCAUAACUUGCUCGAGAAACUGGGGAUGCGAACGCACGCUGAGAUGUAG